CGGUAGGGUUUUGUUGGUAUCUGCUCGCUUAGCGGCUCGCAGUGAGCAGAUGUAGCAAAGGGAACAGAUAAGAAUGUAUUCAUUCUAAUAGCAAUAACCAGCUACCCAGUACCCUAACUAGUCUUGCAGCCCAUAAAAGAGUCGACGGUGGAUAGGUGGCGUCGGGAAUGGCGAUUUUGGUACUUAUUCUCCUGGCAGUUCUCGCUGUAGCACUGUUUGGAACUGGCAGAAAACUGUAUUCAUUGUGGACGCUACGACGGCGUUUGAUGGCCUUGGUGCCGGAGCCGGCCAAGCCUGACGGACUCCACGGCCAUGUCUCCAAAGAUCUGACCAAGUACCGCUCUCAACUCUUGUCGUGGGUGAAUAGAACGCCGAAAAUCUGUCGCAUCCAAAGAGGGCCCAUCCCACUCAUCUGCAUCUGGCAUCCAGAGACUGUAUCUCAACUACUAGCAACCGAUCCACCAAAGUUCUCAUACCUCUUCGAUUUCUUCAAAGAAUUUCUUGGCGAAGGAUUAGUAACGAGUUCUGGCAAGAGAUGGCAGCGAGAUCACAAGCUCUUAUCACCCUUAUUCGGAGGUAGCAUGAUGCGCCGAUAUAUUCAAAGCUAUGCCAUUGUGGCUAAAAAUAUGGUUGAACAACUGAAACUGCGAUCUGAAGUUGGAGAGUUGCUGGACACCGAAGCUCUGUUUCAGCUUGUCACGUUUGACAUUAUCAUGCAUACUGGCAUCGGACUAGAAGUGGAUUCUUGGUGGAGCGCGGAAUCAAGCCCAGUACAGAGCUUCAAACGAGCAAUGAAGCAUUUAGCUGUGGCAUCAUCACUUCGGUUGACCACGCCAACGAAGCACAACAAUUUCCUGUACUAUCUCACGACUGAGGGAAAGGAAUACAAACGACAACUGAGUAUCGUCGAUGAGUUUGCUGACAAACUUGUCAGGGACAGACGAGCAACACUGGACGACAAGGAAGUUAGUGACGGAGAAGACAUGGACGGAGGUGAGAAUAUGGUAAACACCAUGCUGAAAGCCAGAGAUGAAGACGGCCAUGGUUUUAGCGAUGCUGAGAUCCGUGACCAUGUGAAAACAUUCCUGGAAGCGGGACAUGACACAUCAUCAACAGUCAUGCAGUGGGCAGUGUACUAUCUACAGGAACACCAAGAUAUCCAGGAGAGGUGUCGCCAGGAAAUCCAGACAGUGCUUGGGAAUUCCAGCUUGGAGAAUAUGACCAUUGAGCUGCUAUCACGAAUGGAGUACCUCAUGCAGUUUAUCAACGAAACGCUCCGGCAUUCCACCAUCGUGGCGAUGCUGUUGCGUUGCCUUGAACAGGAGACUGAGAUUGGAGGCUAUAUUCUUCCACCUGGUACUCCAGUUCAAGUAAUGCUCUUCUCUCUCCAUCACAACCCAGUGAUUUGGAAGGAUCCAGAGGUUUUUGACCCGAAUCGCUUCUCUCGCGAGCACGUAGCAUCUCGGCCAUCGAACUCCUUCAUGCCGUUCGGGAUUGGCGCACGCAGCUGCAUCGGGAAGGCAUUCGCAGUCAACGAAAUCAAAGUGCUGCUGAUGUCCUUGUUGCUGAAUUUCCGCAUUCUACCGAGACGCCCGGACCAGGAGAAGCCCCACUGGGUGUUAAAGCUGGUGGCUCGCCCAGAGCCAAGCAUAAAAGUUGAACUGGAACCUCUGUAAGUUUUUUACAGGACCUCAGCUACACUACGCCGAAGCAAGACCUCUCCACUCCGGCUGCUCGUGACUAGAAUGUUGUUUAAACUGUAAUAGCCAGAAUUGCAUUUUCACCACCGUAAGAGUUUGUUAAAAGAUUUGCUCCAAGCCGUUUCCCCCUCGAAGGACUACACGUAGGUUUACGCUUAGCCUGCCAUCUGAUCAUGUCCAGAUUUGUAUGCAUCAAGGUAAACUCAUAAUGUGGCUAUGGUGCAUGUGAAUGUCAGUGACCUCUGUUGAUUCUGGUAUUCAGUACUGUGCGAGGGCCACUCUGCAGUGUCUGGUACUCGGACAGGUACUCUACAGUCUCCAUAUCAUAAUAUCAUAAUAUCAUAAUUAUACAUGUAUCAUUCAAAUUCUCUGAAUAUUUCUCGGUGGCUCUAGGCUCAGGUUCCUCAGCUGGCAACGAUUAUCAAACCUUUA